GGACGUCAUAAGACUUCACUACAACAAGUAGUAGUAAUGUGUGCCUGAUAUAUCGUUAUUUCAUGUUCACUGGCAAGUCUGUCAGAUUUUGACGUCAAUUGUGUGUAUUUGCAAUCUAGGAAUAGUUUUUCUUUUGAAAGUACUCUUUCAAUAUAAGACGGACGUAAGGUCAGUUGGACACGAUGACUUCAAAUGACCCCCCUCCUGAAUAUUCGGAAGUAGAGGAUAGUUUCACAGACGUCGAAUUACACGAUGUUAAAGUAGAGAACGGAGUUCACGACACAACGGAGGACACAAUUAAGGUCAAGGACACAGAAGCUCAAAACAAGGACAAAGGUCAAGUAAAGGAAAAACCAACAGUGUCAAAGACAAAAAACUCUAAAAUGGCGGCCCUCAAACAGACAGUGCGGCCGUGUCUGAGAAAGGCCAAUCCCUUACCAGAAAACCCUACAGUGUGUGACAAAAUCAAGGACAUGUUUCUGCUUCCUCCACACGGCAUUGUUGGGUUCAUUUUGCAAAUCACCAUUAUCUGUCUACAAAUCUGGGGUAUCCUUGCUGCGAUAACCGGAAGUGAAGCAAUGCCUGGUGGGAAUUUCUUUUCCCUGCUUGUUCUUUUCGUUCUGUGUGUUAUUGGGGGACGUCUGAUUUCUCUGGCCAAGCUUCCUCCAUUGUUAGGCAUGUUGAUAGUGGGUGUCCUUCUAAGAAACGUACCAGGAAUAAAGAUUGUUGGCGAAAGUAUCGACGCAAAGUGGUCAGGGCAUCUCAGAAAACUUGCUUUGACUGUGAUAUUACUCCGCGCUGGCCUCGGUUUGGAUAUAGUGAAACUACGGAAGUUGUCCUUUGCCGUAUUACGCCUUGCGUUCACGCCUUGUCUCUGUGAGGCCAUUACAGUGGGAAUUGUUUCCCAUUUUCUGCUUGGAUUUCCUUGGACAUGGAGUUUGAUGCUGGGAUGCAUCUUGGGAGCACUUUCCCCUGCUGUUACAGUACCCUCCCUCGUAAGUCUCCAGGACCGCCGUUUUGGCGUCGCUAAAGGUAUUCCCACCAUGUGCCUGGCUGCCGGGGGACUCGACAAUGUUCUUUCUGUUACCGGGUUUGCUGUUUUUGUGGGCAUCAUUUUUUCCGAAGGUGAUAUGGCUGUGACCAUCAUAAAAGGGCCAUUAGGAGCGUUGCUUGGAAUUGUUUAUGGAUUUGUCGCGGGUAUCAUGUUAUGGUAUCUACCUGGGAAAGACUCGAGUAAUUCCCUAUUCUACCGCGGUAUGCUCCUGUUCGGAUGUGGACUGAUCGCUAUAUUCGGAAGUUCGGCGGUCAGUCUGUCCGGAGCGGGGCCGCUGGGCUGUCUCACUACCGCCACUGUCGCCGCCUACAAAUGGCGCCUACAAAGACAACCAGGAGAAUCGGAUGACCUUGGUGGGGUCAUUGCGCUCGCGUGGUUGAUUGUUCAGCAUUUCCUGUUUGGGUUGAUCGGAGCAGCAGUUGACAUCAGCAAUAUUCAGCCAAACACGGCCGGGCUGGGUAUCGCCACUCUAUUCAUUGGUCUGUGUGUGCGCAGUGCGGUGUCUUUCAGCGUUACCAUAGGAACCGGAUUCAAUCUGAAGGAGAGAAUUUUCAUCACACUUACUUGGCUUUCAAAGGCUACCGUACAGGCCGCCAUUGGUGGACUCGCCCUUGACAAAGCGUUAGAGGGAGAUAACCAGGACGACAUACGCAUGGGUACAGACGUCCUCACCAUCGCCGUCCUGGCAAUCGUUAUCUGCGCCCCGGUCGGCGCCACGUGUAUGGGGAUAUUUGGGCCUAGAUUCUUGGCGCACGGAGACGAGGAGGAAGUGAGGGUUGAAUGCGGCGGAAGUGUGACGUCAUCAUCAGAGAGUGCGUGUCAUAAAGAAAGUGAAAUAAAACCAGAGUGUCGUAAGAUGCAAUAAAAUUAGAGUAUUAUUUCUGUAAUGGGGAAUGUGCUUUAUUACAUAUUGG